AUGUAUGAAGCAGGGUUAAUGGAAAGGAAAGAGCAUGAUGAGAUAAAAAACAUAAAUUAAGACUUGGCUAAAAUGCUGCAGAGUAAAGACAUACAAAAAGCCAAUAUAGGCAUUAGCAGUUUUAUUAAAUCUGAAGAAACUUUAAAUAAAAAGGAUUAAGGCUUAGGUAAUCCACUUUUGCACAAAUUGAGCUAGCAGAUAAGUUAAAACACUAACAAUCAAGUUAAUGAGGAAUUGCAUAAGCUCUAUGAUAAAGUAAAACUCUUAGAAAAAUAGUCUGUCGAAAUUUUUAUGAAUGAUAGUAAAAAACGAGAACUUGCUAAACAUAAAAAGCAAUUAAAAGAGAUGCUGAAAAAUGAAAAAUGGUAGUACCGCGAAUAAAUUUCAUCACUGUAACACUAGUAAACUAUCUUGGAUAAAUAAGCUUAGAAAUCUGAAACAGUGAUUUUGAGAAGAUAGAGUAAUAUAGCUAAAAGAGAAUUUAGCAAACUUGAACUUCUUGCUAAGCAAAUACAAAAUGAAAAAUCAUUAGCAAAAAUUUAAAAUUAGCAUCAAACUUAGAAUAAUGAUGUAAUAGUUGCUGAUGAAGAAAAGAAUAAGAUAUCUCUCGAAGAGUAAUCUAGGAGUCAGGUAAAACUGCUUGAGCUCGUUAAUUAGAACUAAAUCAAACCACUUUACAAAGACUUCAAAGUUGAUAAGUACAAAUUUCAUAACCCCGCACUUGUAAAAGCAGAUCUUAGAAGUUCAUUUGAAUAUAUUGCAAACUCUAAGGAUAAUCAAAAAAAAUCUCCAAACGAAUCAGGUAUUAUUUUCAUGGAAUACAGUAAUAAUGAUGGACAUCAUAUAAUGAGAUAGAGACUUGUAAGAGAUUUCACUAGCAUUGAAAGAAUGGGCGCAUUGAGUAGUAAAUAAAUAAUGACAAGAUAAGGUUUCAAAGUUUCUGGAGUGGGAGGAAUAAUAGAAAAUCCAGCUAAUAGAGGAAUUCAUAAAUAUGAUAAAAAGGGAAGGUAUAUACACUUACUAAAAAAGCAUAACAGAGAAGAUAUUUAGUUCAUUAGAGUAACAAAAGAAUUCCUUAUAUUUGAUGAAGAUGUCUAAUUCAACACAGUAUCAUAAAAUAACAUAAACUUCUAUGAUAACUUAGAUUCAUCUUUGAUUUCAAGGUAAGGAGGAAACUUGUCUCCUAGAGAAGGUGGAGCUAUUGUGCAUACUGGUAGCUAAAGCAAACUUAAAGCUCCACACUAAAAUGCUUAAGAUACAUUCGAUGAAGAUUCGAGCUUUAGAGAAAAUAAGGACUAAAGCUAUGCUGAGGUGACUGUAAGCCAGCCAAACUAAGCAGCAAAUCGAGAGAGCUCUCACCUAUUUGAAAAUACUAGAUUUUAUGAAGAGCCAUUAGACGAAGAGAGCUAUGAUCAUGAAUUAAUAGAGGAACUAUUCAAUCCAAAGAAAAAAGUUAGGAUAGUAAAGUAAGAACAUGCAAAAUCUAUUAAUUACUUAUCAAGAAUGACUACUGACGGCUAUGAAAAAACUGAAACAAUGAAUUCAAACAAUAAUAUCAUGAAUUCAAGAAGACUUGGCAGAUAAUAAAACAGAGAUUCUUCUCCACUAGACACUCAUUUUAAUGAUGAUGUGGAUAGAAAAAAAUCAAGACAUAGAUCAAGUAAAAGGAAAAUAGAUCUUAGCAAUAUUAUUGAGUAUUUUGAUCCUAUCCAAAAAAAGAAAGCACUAAGUAAAAAGACGAUGUCAAAUAAAAAGAAAGAUAAGGGUUCAACUUAAAAGCAUGGGGUUAUUAAUAAAAGAGUACCUGCUGACAAUUCAACAUAAGAGGAACAUGGGCAGAUUAAUUUUUAUGGAAAUGUAAACAAACAGAGAUUCAAAUACAAUUAAUUUCAUCUAAGAUGGGUAGUUUUACGAGGCUUUAAUCUUUACUGGUAUAGAAGUGCUCUCGAUCGUUAACAGAAAGGAAUGAUUACUCUUCCAAGUACCCCUAUUUAACUUUGUAAAGUUGGAUAAAAUAAAUGCUUUUAAAUUAUGAAAGAGGAUGGUGCAUCUUAAAGCAGAACUUUGAAAUUUUUAGACAAUGAGUAAAACUCAGAAUUUAAAUGCAAAAUUUCUAACUCUAUAUACUACAAGAUGUAUCUAGAGAGCUCGCAGAGAAAGAAUCAGAAACUUGAUAUAAACAUAGUCUUUUUCUUUAACAACUAAAAUAUGAAUAUUCUUGAGUUCAAAGAUAAGAAUCUCAAUGAAGAACAUAAGAUUUUGCAUAUAUUUGAGGCCAUGAGUGCCCAUCAUAGAUUAAUGAGUUUAUCCCUUAUUAAUUGCGGUCUUAGUGAUGAUUCACUAGAUUUACUUUUAUUCAAACUCAGGUCAUAUCCUAAUUAAAUUUAUCAUCUAGACCUAAGCUAAAAUGAUUUCACCUAGCACUCGAUGCCUUCUCUAUGCUAAGAUUAUUUGAGAGAUAUUAACUUCUGGAAAACAGAUCUAGUCCUCUAGCUAAAAUUUAGCUUCCUAUUCAAUAUCUUGGACUUUAAGAUACGAAAUUUUCAGACAAUAGAUUAUGAUAAUCACAUAGAUUUAGAUAUUUCUAAAAAUUCCUUGACUGAAACAUCAUUAAAAUAUCUAGCAGAUAUUUUGAAAAAGUUUCAGGGAUUCAAGUCAAUUAAUAUGAGGGAGCUCAGUAAAAUGAAAGACAUUGGGUAUAUUGAAAUGUUCAGAGCUUUUAAAGAUAAUUAUUCGCUGAUUUCUAUUGAUCUUAGCAAAAACAGCCUAUCUGCUACAGUAAUUGGAGAAUUACUACAAGCUAUUGCUGAGAAUUUUGUGAUUAGUGAGGUGAUUAUUGAUAUCAAAGGUAAAUCUCUACCCAGUGGAUUCUCAACUAAUACACUCAUGAGUAUGUUUCAAGUAUAUAUUAGCAGAGAGGCAGUUUAUCUAUGA